AUAUUUUAUAUACAUUUAAAUUAUUUGUUGUAAGUGCAAGUAUUAGAUAAUGGGUAAGGCCCGACGUCAGCGCAAGAAAUACCAUGCUCCUGCUGUUGGUGGGAAUAUUGCAACUGGGAAUAAAAAUGAAUCCGAUCCUACAGAAACUAUGUCUACCUCUGAAGGCAACUUAGGCAUCUCCAGGAAUAGAAUCAGAUCUGACUUGUUUGCUGGUCUGAACAUGAAUCUGCAAGCAAGUCUUGAGACUCGGUCCCUGGCACACUCAGACAUGGACACAAUGAGCCUGGCCUCCAUGCGCAGCACAAAGAGUACCUGCAGGGAUGGCAAAAAAUUGGACAGGAGGAAACAAAGACGACAGGAUCUUUUGGAAAUACUAAAUUUCCGGAGAAGUCUUGAUGAAGAAUCAUUAGCCCAGAAAAAACGGCAAAAAACGGCUGUUGUGGGCGACAUGAGGCCGCUCACCGAUGCCCUGCCCUCCCUUGAACGACUGCAGAGCCUGGCCCAGAUUCAGAAAGCUAAGGAAGAACAUCAGAAGAAUUCCAAGAAACAGAGUAAUCUUCAGAAACAAUUAGUCGACGACGUGGCAACGUUCGUGUCCAUCGCACAAUACAAGGAUUACCAGAAGGAUAUGUUCAACCUGGUCGGCGUCUCCGUACAAGAGCGGCUGCGGCGUGCCCAAGCCGGCGAGGAUGAUGACGAUCCUAAAUGAUUUGCGUCGUGAUCGCAGUCGUUUAUGAUUACGGUUAUUAAUUUGGCUCUUACGAUGGCGGCGGUCAUGAAUGACGACGGCCUUCAAUAAUAACGGUCGUUACUUAAUAGUAGCAACUGUGAACGAUUACGGUCAUCAAUGAUUACGGUGCUGAAUAUACUAGCGAUCAUUGAUAAUGACGGUCGUAAAUCAUGAUGUUUCAACUCAUUACUGCAGUCGUUAAAAACAAAACUUGCUGAAUAUUAUUUAAUACUAUUACUAUUAGGUGUAUCAUACAUAAUAAAGAGGUUAUGAACAGUGCUUCUAAUACAGAACCCCAUAAGAGUUAUGGAUAACAUUACUGGCUGGAGAUUUUUUGUGGUUGUUUUUUUUUUUUUGGUAUAAAUACGCGUUUAACCUGUUGUAAACCUAUUCUCGGGCCUGUUUGUGAUCGCCACCAUUUUUGUAUGACGCCACCCAGUUCUCUGUAAAGUGUAUGAGCGUAAA